AUGGCCUCUCCAUCACCAUCUUCCUCUCUAACGUUUACAGUACGCAGAUGCGAGCCUGAGCUUGUGCCUCCUGCUCUCCCCACUCCUCACGAAAUCAAGCUACUUUCCGACAUAGAUGAUCAACUUGGCCUGCGUUUCCAUGUUCCACUCAUACAAAUCUAUAGAAAGCAAGCAUCAAUGGGAGAGAGAGACCCGGUUGAAGUGCUUCGGCAAGCACUGUCACAAACACUUGUCUUCUAUUACCCAUUUGCAGGGAGGCUGAGGGAGGGGCCUCACCGUAAGUUGAUGGUGGAUUGUACCGGAGAGGGUGUCAUGUUCAUCCAGGCUCAUGCUGACGUUACACUUGAUCAAUUCGGCGAUUUCCUCCAACCUCCAUUCCCCUGCUUCCAUGAACUGCUCUAUGAUGUUCCUGCCACACAACAACUUACCAACACUCCUCUUCUACUCGUACAGGUCACACGACUCAAGUGCGGUGGUUUCAUAUUAGCCAUCCGCCUGAACCACACCAUGAGUGAUGGACAUGGUCUUUCACUAUUCCUGAACGCUUGGGCCGAGAUGGCUCGAGGUGCAAGCAAACCUUCGAUUGCACCAGUGUGGCGUAGGGAGCUUCUGAUGGCAAGAGAUCCACCUCGCAUAACAUGCAAGCAUCAUGAAUAUGAGCAAAUCCAAGAUACCCUCACUUCUUCCAACCAAAACUUGGUUCACCGAUCAUUCUUCUUUGGUCCUGUCGAUAUAGCUGCACUUCGCGGCUUGAUUCCCCAACACCUUCAGCAUUGCUCCACAUUUGAUAUGAUCACAGCAUGCUUCUGGCGCUGUCGCACAAAAGCAUUGCGGAUAGAAGCAGAUGAGGAUGUUCGCAUGAUGGUGAUAGUGAACGCACGUGCUAGGUUCAAUCCUCCUUUACCUGUUGGUUACUACGGCAAUGGUUUUGCAUAUCCGGCGGCGAUCACCAAAGCAGGGAAGCUUUGCGGAAAUCCAUUUGGGUAUGCGGUGGAGUUGAUAAAUAAAGUGAAAGGUGAGGUGACAGAAGAGUACAUGCAUUCUGUGGCAGAUUUGAUGGUGACGAAGGGACGAUGCUUAUUCACAACUGUAGGGUCUUGUAUUGUAUCAGAUUUGAGUCGUGCGAAGCUUAGAGAAGUGGACUUUGGUUGGGGUGAGGCUGUGUAUGGUGGAGUGGCCCAAGGUGGAGCAGGGGAGUUUCCAGCAGUAACGUUUUUCAAUCCGGUUAAGAAUGAAAAAGGAGAAGAAUGCAUAGUAUUUCCGAUUUGGUUACCUGCUGAAGCCAUGGAGAGGUUUGCCAAAGAGUUUAAUGCCAUGCUUAGCCACCAAAAUCAACCUCAAAGGAGUAGUGCUAUGUUUAUAAGGAUUAUUUUAUCAGUAUCAAUGUGUCAACAUUCUUUCCUUGAGAAGAAGAGAUGUAGAACACUUUUCCAUCUCAAGGACGCAUUUAAACGGGCCGUGAAACAUAAACGUGAUAAAAACAAAAUAAUUUUAUCUCUCAAGUAA